UCUUAUUGUCAAAAUUCAAACUUAAAAAAUGUUGUUGUCGUGUUCAGAUUAUUGAUUCUUUUAUUUCUGUAGUUUAUAUCACUAUAAUAGAAUUAAUUACCUACCUAUUACAUAUGUACUUUCAGUAAGACAUUACAAAGCAUUGUUGAAGGUUGUAUUGGGAUCGUUCUCAGAAAUGCUCAACUAAAUAUAACGAAAAUAGAAGUCCAUAAAAUUAAUGUUCUGUUUAUUUAACAAAUAAGUUAAAACAUACAAUAUAAUUGGAGGAAAUGUGUUAGAAGAACAGUUUUAACAACAGUUUUAAUUAAAUAUUGUACAAAUGUCUCACAGAACUCCAGGAUUUCAGCUGACUGAUUUGUUUCCUAGAGAGAUUGAUAUUGAAGUAUGUUUAAAAACUCUGAGAAUAUUUCAAAAAAUGGAAGGUGACGUUAAUUGUGUUGUAUGGGAUGCAUCAUUAGUUCUCGCUAAAUAUCUUGAAACCAUGUGUCAGACAAAACCAGAAUUUUUAAGUGGCUUAAGAGUACUGGAAUUGGGUUCAGGGCUAGGUGUUGUGGGACUUACUGCAGCUACAUUAGGGGCUCAAGUAACACUCACCGAUUUACCAGAAGCUCUGCCAUUGCUCCGAUUGAAUUUAUCUGAAAAUAAAUCGAAAAUUGCAAGCAUGGGAGGAUAUGCUAUAGCCGAGUCCUUAGUAUGGGGUGAUAAAAAUUCUGAAAUUCAUAAACAAGAGUUUGAUAUGAUUGUUUUAGCUGAUUGUGUUUACUAUGAAGAUGCAUUGCUACCUCUAAUAGAAACCCUGCAGUGUUUAAAUCACACACUGAAACAGAAGCCCACAAUAUAUUUAACACAAGAACUAAGAGAUUCUGAGAUACAGAAAAAGCUAUGGAAUGACUUUUACGAAAAACUCAAUGAGUACUUUUAUAUUGAAAAAAUUCCCGAAGAACAACAACAUGUCAACUACAGAAGUCCCGAUAUACUCUUGUUAAAAAUAAUAAAGAAAUGAUAUUUAUACAGCUA